CGUAGCUCCCCCCCCUCCCCUCCCCCAAUGACCUGUGGUGCGGCGUUUACGCAGUUUGCGUACAAGGUUCGCGCGGCGGAGGAGUACGGCGGCGCCGGGCGCCACACGGCCGUUCCCUGCCUCUUCAGCGGCGGCUCGCUGGCGGGUUUUAAACAGAAGAGGAAAAUGUCACUUUAUGAUGACCUGGGAGUGGAGACCAGUGAUUCGAAAACAGAAGGCUGGUCCAAAAAUUUUAAAUUACUGCAGUCUCAGUUGCAAGUGAAGAAGGCAGCUCUGACUCAAGCCAAGUCUCAGAGGACAAAACAAACAACAGUCCUUGCUCCAGUGAUUGAUCUGAAACGAGGUACCUCUUCUGAUGACAGACAGAUAGUGGAUACACCACCCCAUGUAGCUGCUGGGUUAAAGGAUCCCGUACCUAGUGGUUUUUCUGCAGGAGACGUGCUGAUUCCUUUGGCUGAUGAAUAUGAUCCUAUGUUUCCCAAUGAUUAUGAGAAAGUAGUAAAGCGCCAGAGAGAGGAACGACAAAGACAGCGUGAGCUGGAGAGACAGAAAGAGAUUGAAGAAAGAGAAAAGAGACGCAAAGACAGGCAUGAAGCCAGUGGGUUUUCAAGAAGACCAGAUCCAGAUUCUGAUGAAGAUGAAGAUUACGAAAGAGAGAGGAGGAAAAGAAGCAUGGGAGGGGCUGCCAUCGCACCACCUACAUCUCUUGUUGAGAAGGACAAAGAACCUGUAGCAUCUUUUCCAUUUGAAGAGGAGCCAAGACCUCGAGCACAGUCUGCCAAAGCAGCUAUUCCUCCCCCGUUGUAUGAUGAGCCAGAAAGACCCCGGUCCCCAACAGGGCCGAGUAAUUCUUUCCUUGCUAACAUGGGAGGCACCGUAGCUCAUAAAAUCAUGCAGAAGUAUGGUUUCAGAGAAGGCCAAGGUCUGGGGAAGCACGAACAAGGGCUAAGCACAGCACUGUCAGUAGAGAAAACAAGCAAGAGAGGUGGCAAAAUCAUUGUUGGUGAUGUAGCAGAUAAAGUAGAUGCAUCCAAGAAAACAGAUUCAAAUCCAUUAACGGAGAUACUAAAGUGCCCAACAAAAGUGGUUUUAUUGAGGAACAUGGUAGGUGCUGGAGAAGUUGAUGAAGAUCUAGAAGGUGAAACCAAGGAAGAAUGUGAAAAAUAUGGCAAGGUUGGGAAAUGUGUCAUCUUUGAGAUUCCUGGUGCCCCUGAUGAUGAAGCUGUGAGAAUUUUUUUAGAGUUUGAGAGAGUCGAAUCAGCAAUUAAAGCUGUGGUGGAUCUGAAUGGAAGGUACUUUGGUGGACGAGUGGUGAAGGCUUGUUUCUACAACCUGGAUAAGUUCAGAGUACUGGAUCUGGCAGAGCUAGUCUGAUUUAAGGACCUAGCUCAAGUUGACACCAUGCCCACGAUUGUGUUUUUCAGCUGUAGGCUGGGAGUAGAGAGGAUACUGAGACAUUCCUAGCAAACUGGAAACAAGCCCCCUUGAAUGGAUUUUUCACAUUCAUUGUGUCUGUUUAUUUUGUGUGUUUUUUUUUUUUAAUUAUAAAGCCUUUGAAAGAUUCACAUCUGUCUGUUUUGAUUGCACGAGUUCUGUUUACUGGUCUGGAAUCCUGCUUUUUGUAGCUUUUAAUUAACUGCACUCUCUUGAAACCCACCUCUGAGGAGCUGUUCUGUCUUUUUUUUUUCCCCCCCUUUUUCUAGUGCUGUAGUAUGGAUUGUAUUAUACUGCAUCUAUUAUGAACAGCAAGCUUUGGAAAAGAAGUGUGGGCUGCAAUAUUUUUCUUUUCUGUUGCUUUGUGGUAGAAUCUCUACAGUGCUCGUAAAUCUCAGAUUUCCCCAAUCCAAAGUAAUUUGGGGACUCUAGAGAGGCAGCAGCUUGUCAGUUCUCUUUUGACUCAUUAAGGACUAGUUUUGGGGGAAAUAGUUUCUGUACCAAAAUGCAGAGAAAAGUACCAAGAAAAGAAUUCUCAUUCCUGCCUGUGAAUCUAAACAAAAUACAUUAAUUAAACCCAUGUGAACCAGAAGAAAGAAUCUAAUGCAACUUGUCAUUCAGAGCUGGAGACCUAUGAAUGAACCUCAACGUAUGUCUGAUUUGAAGGUCUUCUCCAAGUGGACAUUUCAUCAAACCACCAUGCUAUCAGGUGUUCUUGGCAGUCUUUGCUUGAAAGGUUCAGGACUACUGAUAUAUUGGGAGAGUUACAGGGCAUGUAAAGCAGUGAGGAGGUGUCAUCUUCAUAACUGGUUCUAGCCAGAGUUAUUUAUUUUUUCCACUUCCCCUGAACACUAAAUCUGUCCACUAAGUUUUGUUUUUUUUGAUGGCAUAGUUAUGGCACUUGUAGCUCCGUUUAAAUCUUAUUGUUUGGAGUGAAAUACCUAAAUGGACAUUUUUAAAAGCCUAGCAUUGGAACUCCUCUUGAAAUAUGGUGUGAGUGUAUUAGUAUGCUCAAAAGAAUCCAUGUAUAAGAAUCCAAUUGAGAGUUUGGAUAUGCAAAAUACUUAGCAAUUGUUCUUUCUGUCUCAUUGAUUUGCCCAUAACAUCUUUCUCCAUUGUUUUGUAAAAAAGCAACUGCCUUGGGCUUAGGGCAUUUUCCCCCUUUUUCUGCAUGUGAUGGGUUUGGCCCUGGGUGGUUAUCUCUCUCUCAAUCUGGAUCAUAGUAGAAGAGCCAUUGGCAUCAUACAAAAAUUUAAAAUGGAUAUCAGACUCGAGAGCUUUUAGUUUGCUGAAUGGUGAGAUUCUUGGUUGUCUUUUCACCGUGUAUAAAUAAAUGUAUUAUAUGGGUGUAGGCAAAUAGGUGAUGACUGAUGUGAAUAUCUUAAGCCACUGCAUUUAUCAGCUGAUCACAGAAAAUCAAACACCUUGAUCUUGCUGGGGGUUUUUUGUCUAUUUUUAUCUGUUUAUAGUAAUCUCUGUAUAAACCUUUGUGUCUUGAUUACAAGCUAUUUUUAAACUUA